GUGCAUUAUGUGAUUUGCAAACUUGGAUUUGAGAAGAAAGACACCUAUGAUAUUAAUAAUUUUUUGUCUGAAAAUGGUGAAGUAUGUUGGCAGGCUGUUACAGAGCACAUGUGUUACCUUGAAUCAGAUCAAAGUGUGGAUUAUAUCAAAAGCAUACGAUCGUUAGGACCUGUAUGUGAAUCUGUUAAUUUGCACUUCAAAUCUCUGACCAAGGAGCAAUUUGUAACUCAGUAUGCAUUAUGGUUCCGCUGGACAAACUGCACAGAGUUAUUUCUUGAAGUUUUUGAUGUUCUACAAUAUACACAAACUACAGAAGUUGCUCUUGGCUUAAUGAAACUAACAUCAUGCUUGGAGCGAGCCUUGGGUGAUGUAUAUUUACUGAUUGGUAAAGAUUGUCCUUUCCUUCUAAGAGACUUGCUUGCUUCUGAGCAGCUUGCAGUUGUCUUUGGACAAGCUGUAAUGAAUGUACUGAGGGUAUUCAUUGGAUCUCCGUGUGGUCUGAAUCUUCGUAAUAUUUUGUGGCAUGGGUUUGCAUCCCCACAAGAAAUUCCUGCAAAAUAUUGUGCUAUGCUGCUUUUUUUAACUGCAGGAUUGGGUCAGUUGUUACAGACGUAUCUUCUGCAAACUAAAUGCAUUUUAGUACAUCGACCCUAUGUGAUCUUCGUUAGCUUAGAUGAGCUUGAUGUAUUUCCAGAUCUUAAUCAUGAAACACUUUCCAUAGCUGAAGAGCUAGUAAGACUGUCCAGUUUUGUAUUAAAAACAAUGUUACCAUUUUGGAUGGCUGCUUUAACAGCUUUCAAGCAAAGCAGGUAUGCUGACUGUGUGAUUCUCUUACUUCCUCAGCUGGAAGUUGGACUUAGAUUGCUCUUCACUACAACUAAUAAAUGUCCAAAUCGAUUGCUAACAGCUGAGCCUUCUGCCCUCUACACCACUUUCGAUGAGAUGCUAGCAAAGUGUUUGGAUAAUGAAGAAGUCAACCAGCUUCCUGCAGUUCUUCAGGAACCUGCCAUGGAAUUUCUUUGGGAUUUCUUGAACCACCAGGAGGGUCCACGUAUAAGAGAUCGUUUAAGCCAUGGAGAGAUCAAUCUAGAAGCAUUUCCCAGAGAGGUAGCUAAGCAGAUAGUUGCAUUUGCAAUUACUCUUCUCUGCAGAUUCUCAGAUGAGGACAUGUUUGCUUUUAAGGAACAUAUGGUCAUAAAACCACUGAUGAACUGCGCAAGUUGCUACCGUUCUCGAUUUCAUCCAAUUUCACGACUCAAGAAACAGGUGCUGGCAUGUAUGAAGAGCAUUCACUUAUGGCCUGAAUUGCCAACAGUGCCUGAGGAACACGUUCAAACGAUUAAAGGGUUGGAAGGAAAUGCUGGAGCUAGUACUUUAAUUUUGAUAUCUGAAAUUAUAUCUCAGUUGCAGCAAUAUAUGCCCCAGAAUUGCUAUAGUUCAGAUGAUCCAAUCAAUAGUGUCCUAACAGAGAGGCUGUUGAUUGAACUUUGUGAUGCGCAUAUUUGCACGCUUUACUCUCCACGACCUGUUCUGGAAGUGUUGGUGGUACUCCGUAAAAUAAGCGCACAGUGCCAUCAAGUGUCUGAACAAGUUAUUGCCAGCGCUGAGCUGAGAUACAAACAGUGGAUGAACAAGACUCUACAUUCUCGCCAGAGGCAUAACUAUCUACGAAUGUUGAACAGCAUUAAAUUUUUGUCUCCGGUGUUGCGGCUCAUCUUAGUGUUGCUUACUCUGGAACUAGUCAAUGUUCAUUUGGUUUGUAAGAAGAAUCCUUUUGAAUAUCAGCGGUAUCUAAAGUUUUUUAAGUCAGUCUUGCAGUAUACUGAGAACUUGGUGACAUACACAAGCCCUGAGAAAAACAAGUGGAAUGAAACCAUGGAGCUUACAAACAAGGCUUUGAUAAAAAUAAGGAAAAUCAGUGACAGAAAGCUAAUGUUAAUGCAGCUAGCUGCAUAAAUUAAAUGCGUUUAAGAUUAUUUGGACAUUGUUAUAUCUUAAGAGUUCUGGAGUCCUCAAAUUUGACAAGUGUAGUUCAAAGAAACUUCAUCAGUCAUUGUCAAAUUUUGGAUGCAAAAUUUAGUCUUUUUAUUAGAAGGUGGCUGUUGAGACUGGAGUUGAAUGAUCAAGCUUCCGAAGAAUGGACUCUUUGCCAAAUCCAGUGAAAAAGAUUUACUGUGAGCUAAAUCAGGAUGAUGCAAGUUCUACUUUAAGUAUAUUAUGUGUUUUGUAGCUUGAUUUUUUUUUUUUUCAUAGUUUUCUGUUAUACUGAAAAUAUCUAAGAAAAGAGUGUGAAUAAAAGCUCUGGAAAAU